AUGGGGCCCUAUACGAGUGUGUCGGUAGCAGCGGUUUUGUUCGCGCAGUAUGCUGCAGCUCAAUUUGUGCCGGCACCGACCGAUUUGAUCAAGAAGGAAGGUCAUGCUGGUAUUAAUGUCCGAUACAAAGAGGUUCCGGCUGGAAUCUGCGAGCAAGACGCAAGUGUCAAGAGCUAUUCCGGCUAUGCCGAUGUUGAUGAUAAUCAGCACAUUUUCUGGUGGUUUUUUGAGACUCGAAAUGGAAACCCUAAAGAUGCCCCUCUCACUGUCUGGAUAAACGGAGGACCGGGGUCAUCUUCAAUGAUUGGAUUAUUCCAAGAGCUUGGCCCAUGCGGAGUUGAUUAUGACGGCAAUGUGUACAACAACCCUUAUUCGUGGAGUAACGUGAGCAAUAUGCUUUUCAUUGACCAGCCGACUACGGUUGGAUUAUCAUAUACGAUUCCUGUUCCAGCAUAUCAGGAUUCUGACGGUAAUAUUAUUCAAUUGCCAGAUGAGACAUGUCCUGAUUAUGCCGAGUCUUACGGUACAUGCGGCACGUACUCCAAGUCGGAUAUAGCCUUGGUCCCCAACUCGACAGCAGGAGCGGCCCCAAACAUGUGGAAGACUUUGCAAGGGUUCAUGGGAGCUUUCCCACAGUACUCAAGGAAUGGUUUCAAUUUUGCUACGGAGAGUUAUGGAGGCCACUAUGGCCCCGUGUUCAACGAGUAUUUCCUGGAGCAGAACUCGAAAAAGAUCCCCGGUGCCAUCAAUAUUGAGCUUGAGACAGUUCUCAUCGGAAAUGGCUGGUUCGACCCUCUGAUCCAAUAUCAAGCCUACUAUAACUUCUCCGUUUACCCCGGUAACACAUAUGAUUAUGACCCAUACAACGCUUCGGUGAAGGCAGAAUGGUAUAACAACCUCUAUGGCAAGGGCAACUGUGUCGACCAGACGCUGGAGUGCUAUGCUACAGGCCGAAAUGACAUCUGCGCGGCAGCAGAUAGUUUUUGCGCCAAUAAAGUGGAAUCGAUGUAUGAUAACUACUCUGGACGCGAUGAGUACGAUAUGCGCGAAUUGACCCCCGACCCAUUUCCCUACGAAUUCUACGUGGAUUACCUCAAUAGCCCCAAGGUUCAAGCGGCAAUUGGUGCAUACCAAAACUUUUCCGAAUAUUCCUAUACGGUCGGAAACGGAUUCAGCAGCACAGGAGAUGAUGACCGUGAGUCUCAUACGAUCGAGGAUAUGAAGAAGCUAUUGGAGGCGGGUGUGCAGGUCGUGAUGUAUUUCGGGGAUGCUGACUUUAACUGCAAUUGGCUUGGUGGACAAGUUGUCGCAGAAGAAAUCGACGCUCCGGGUUACAAGAAGGCGGGAUUCGUGAAUCUAACCACGUCAGAUGGAAUUGUCCAUGGCCAAGUUCGGCAAAGCGACCUGUACGCCUUUGUGCGAAUUUACGAGUCGGGUCAUGAAGUCCCAUUCUACCAGCCCCUAGCUGCCCUGGAGUUCUUUGAGAGAGCGCUCGGGAAGAAGGAUAUCGCGACUGGAAAAAGGAAGGUUACGCAGCACGGCGGCUACCACACUGUGGGUACCCCAACAAGCGACUACCGCGAGGGAAACAGCACGAUCGUUUUUGAAGUACUCGAUAGCAGUGCUAUCUACAAUACGACUCUGAAUGGGCCUAAUCCCUCUACCUCCACGGCUCGCAAGGAAAUCAAGCGGGCGGAGCUGAAGAGAAAGCUACGAAGACACAGUCAGGGAAUGCGGCCGAUGUGA